GUCUGACAUCAGGGAAGUAGGUGAACUAGCAAAUGUGACUGGACCAACAAAGAGGAAUGUUGUUCAAGCAGUGGGUCGAAUUUAUGAUCCUCUAGGAAUACUUACACCUAUUACCAUACGUCUUAAGAUCUUUCUCCAGGAGCUUCACAAGUCAAGGAUAGGGUGGGAUCAACAGCUGACUGGAGACUUGCUAGACAGGUGGAUGGAAAAUACUAGUUAGUGAAUUGAGAAGAUCCAACCCCAUUGAAAUACCAAGAUACUAUUUUAAGGGAUCUGGGGGGGAAUGUGCUAUAAAGUUAUAUCAAUUAUGCGGAUUUUGUGAUGCAUCUGCGAAGGCAUACGCAGCGGUAGUCUAUUUGUUGACUAUGACUGAUACAGGUACCAGGUGCAUCCUGAUGUCAUCGAAGACAAGAGUUGCUCCAACUUCACAGCAGACAAUUCCGAGGUUGGAACUAUUAUCAGCAUUGUUACUUGCAAGAUUGAUGGCCAGCAUCAGCAAAAAUCUUGAGAAAACUCUAGAGAAACCAAUCUGUUACAUGGACUCUAAGGUGGCACUUUACUGGAUACUGGGACUGAAUAAGGAUUGGAGGCCAUUUGUGCAGCAUCACGUUGAGAAAAUUAGGAGGUUAAUUCCAUCAACAUGUUGGAGGCACUGCCCAGGCAUGGUCAACCCUGCUGACUUACCUUCUAGGGGUCUCAAACCAGAUGAGCUGGAGAAGAACAAGGAUUGGUUCAAGGGACCUGACUGGUUAACUACAGAUCUGAAUGGUGAGAAGGCGAGUUUUGAGGAUAUGCCAAGUGAAUGUAUACAAGAGCUGAGAGCUUGUGAGAAGAAAACACUUGGAAUGAUAGUAGCAGCUAGUGGAUUGUCUCAAAUUAUAAACAUACAGAAGUAUAGCUGCUUGGGAAGGGUGUUGCGUGUCACGUGCCACAUGUUAACGUUCAUUGCAAGGCUAAGGCGAAUGACUGCAUCCACUGUAAUGCUACAAGCAGAGGUCUUGUGGCUACGUGAAGUACAAUCAUCAUUUCAGACUGAGAGAAAGUUUUCAGACUGGAAGGUGCAACUUGGACUGUUUUCAGACCAGAAUGGACUUUGGAGAUGCAGGGGAAGAAUUCAAAACGCGAAUGCGCGAUACGAAAUAAAGCAUCCAAUAUUGCUACCUGCGGGAAACUAUUUUACGUUGCUUGUGAUACGGGAAGCACAUGAGAUAGUCUUCCACAGUGGGGUCAAACAGACACUCACUGAGCUCAGAUCUAAAUACUGGAUUGUUCGAGGGAGGUCAGUAGUCAAGAAGAUGAUUUACAGAUGUGUUACUUGUCGCAGAUUUGAAGCAAGGCCUUAUAAGGCCCCAGAUCCACCUCCACUGCCUCGCAUCCGAGUUGAGGAAGCACCACCAUUUACAUACACAGGGGUGGACUUUGCAGGUCCCAUCUACACGAAGGAUGGGACUGGUAAAGUGUGGGUUACUUUGUACACUUGUUGUGUAACACGAUGCAUACAUCUCGAUCUUGUUGUUAAUUUGUUUGCUAGUUCUUUUAUUAGGUCACUCAAGAGGUUCACCUCCAGGAGAGGAAUACCACACAAGUUCAUUUCGGAUAAUGGAAAGACGUUCAAGGCUACAGCUAAGAAGAUCAAGAAGAUCAUGAACCAUCCUGAGGCGAUUGAUUACGUUAAUGAAUCCAAAACCGAGUGGCUGUUCAACAUUGAAAGAGCUCCAUGGCGUUCUGAGUACCUACUUGAGCUCAGGGAACAGCACCGAUACUCUAAGGGAGACAACGCUGGAGUUGAAAUAAAGGUUGGAGAUAUUGUCAUCGUGAAGAGCAAUGAGAAACGUCAUGGAUUCUGGAAUUUGGGUAAGGUGGAGUCUAUCAUACCAGAAAGAGAUGGAUUGAUUAGAGGAGCAACAGUUAGAGUUGCUACUGGAGGAAGAAAAUCAACAUUGUUGAACCGUCCAGUUCAACAUUUGUACCCAAUGGAAAUUAACCACCAAGAAGAGGAGAGCUCACAAGAUCAACCACGAGAAAGUCAAGAUCACAAGGAAACUGCGAGACCCAGAAGGGCAGCAGCAUUUGAAGCUCGUGAUCGUAUCAUAGCUCAAACACUUGAUGACUGA